AUGUCAAACUUUCAAAAUCAAGAAAUUAAUAUUGGUUCGGUUGUACUUGGUGAUAGAUCAUUAAGUAAUGGUCAAUAUGGUGAUAAAAAGAGUAUUCGUCAUGUUGAUUUUGAUGUACCAUUUUCAGGUAUUCCAAAAGUUUCUUUAGGAAUUAAUUUCUUGGAUGCAUCAUCUUCAGAACAAAUUCGUAUUCGUUGUAUUGCUCAAAAUAUAACAUCAAAAGGUAUGGACAUUUCAUUCACAACAUGGAAUGAUAAUACUGUCUAUGAUGUAGCAGUUGAUUAUGUUGCUAUUUAUAAUCCAAAAUUUGGAAAUUCAAAUAAUAAAAAUAAUAAUGAUAAUAAUAUUAGUAAUACAAAUACAAACCAACAAAGAAAUCAAUAUAAUGAUAAUGAAAAUAAUAAUUAUCAACAACAAAGCCAACAAAGUUAUUAUGAAAAUACAAAUAAUAAUAACAAUAAUAAAAAUAAUAAUAAUAAUAAUAAUAAUAAUAAUAAUAAUAAUAAUAAUAAUAAUAAUAAAAGUGAAGAUAAACAACAACAACAUCAACAACAAGGAAGAUAUCAAGAAAAUAACAAUUAUAAUAGAAAUGAUAAUGAUAAUGAUUAUCAAUCUCAAUCUCAAUCUCAAUCUCAAUCUCAAUCUCAAUCUCAAUCUCAAUCACAAUUACAAUCAAAUAAUUUUAAUGGUAAAAAUGUAAAUAUUAGAUCAAAUAAAUUUAAUAAUUAUAUUAGAGAUAAUAAUGGUAAAGGUGAUAUGUCACAAACUGCAAGAAAUAAUGAAACAUGGAUAAUAACAUCUGCCAAUAAUAAUGGAGAUUUAUUUUUUAUUCAUAAUAGAUAUAAUCAUUAUCUUUCAAGUAAUGGUGAUAGAGUAUUGGUUGGUGAAAAGAAUGAUUCUUCAAUUUGGAAGAUUUCACAACGUAGACAAGGUGUUUACUCAAUUCAAAACUAUAAAAAUUCAAAUUAUCUAAGUUCAACUGAUAGAAAUGAAUUAAAAACAAAUGUUAAAGUUGUAAAUUCUUGGGAAGAAUUUAAUUUUAAUUUUGUUCAAGAUUCUUGA